AGCGUCUCUCAGCAGCAGCUGCGGUGGCGCACUGGGUAAAUGAGCUGCAGCAGCGCGCGGUCAUUCAGUUGUUCACCUGCCGUCAUUGUGUCUCCGGUCAUGGACUAGUCUAGUGGACGAGUUUGGCACACGAGGAGACUAGCCGGAGCCAUAGUCGUGUUUCCCAGCCAAAGGACUACGUCUACCUACCUCGCUGCCUUUUCAAACGCUGUAGACUAGCUGAAGAAGCGUUCGCUAUUUAUGUUUAUUUAUACUUAUUUAUAACUCGCGUGUUAACCAUCUACAUUGCACUGAAUUUCGCGCCCAGAUGCUUCUACAUCAGUUCGCGAAUGGGACGUUGGAGACAAUGUAUCCCAAUAUUCAGAAAGACACGACUUUUACCAAGAUCUUUGUCGGCGGUUUGCCGUAUCACACGACAGACGCGUCGCUCCGCAAAUACUUCGAGACUUUCGGCGACAUCGAUGAAGCGGUGGUGAUAACGGACCGACAGACUGGGAAAUCCAGAGGAUACGGCUUUGUCACUAUGAUGGAUAAAAGUGCAGCGGAAAGAGCUUGUAAAGAUCCCAACCCUAUUAUUGAUGGACGCAAAGCUAAUGUCAACCUAGCAUACCUCGGGGCCAAACCACGCAGCCCACUGACAGGCUACUCUACUGGAGUCCAGCAGGUUCAUCCGACCCUCAUCCAGAGGCAGUAUGGACUCAACCAGCCAUAUGUUUACCCUCAGGCCGUCCUGCAGCCCAGUCUGCUUCUGCCCACACAGGUUUCCUCCACCUCCAGCAGCCCUUACCUUGACUUCAGCACUGCCUACGCCCAGUACGCCGCCUCCGCCUUCGAGCAGUACCCAUACGCUGCCUCGCCAGGCUUCCUCAGCUACAUGUACCCCCCAGGCACCGCCGGGGCAUCCUCCGCCAUCUCCACACCCAUCCCAAACCCACUGUCCGCCGGAGGAGGAGCCCCAUCCACUGCCUUUAUCCAGAUCCCUCCACACCAGCUUCACACCGACCACCUCUAGAACAGGAAAUGGGGACCAAUGCUGAAAUUGCACUAGAACAUGGUCAUUGUGAAACAGAGAACUAUGACAUCAUCAGCCUGUGACUGGAGUCAUACACAAAGGGCUUUUUCGUCAGUUGUUUUAUGGAACUUUUCUGACAGGUUACUCUUAUUAUUCAUUAUUCUAUUAUCGGUAGACGAUUGUUAGGUUAAUAAAUGGUGGAUUGCAGGGAUCGGGAUUUAGUAAAUGAUGAUAAAUCAGAGAUUAUACACGCACUGUUGUUCAAAGGUUAAUUUUUUUUAAGAAUGUUCAUCAAGGAUGCGUUUAUUUGAUUAAAAACUAGUAAAAAGCAGUCAUAUUGUCGUUACUAUUUAAAUUAACUGUUAUCUAUUUAAAGUGUGAUUUAUUUCUGUGAAGCCAUGCUGAGAUUUCAGCUGUCAUUAUUUCAGUGUAGGGUUGUCACAAUAUGGAAUUCGAUACCAAUCACUGCUCAAAUUUUACAAACGUCCAACUCCCACGAACAUUUGAGCGCUGUGGAGCACGUUCUUAAACAGCGCUGAUUUGUGUUCACAUGCUCAACAGAAAUGACUGUGAUUGGCCGUGAAGGUCAUAGUUUUACAGAACUUACCGCUGUUUACUGAGUGUAACCACAGGGACACUGGAGCGUUUUAAAGCCACGAUUCAUCAGCGGAUCGCUCUUAUGUCAGCUUACAGACAAACCAGCUGAUUGAAGUGACUUUGAAACGCUCCAGUGUCUCUGUAUCUGUGGUUAAACCAAGUAAACAGCGGUGAGUUCGGUGAACUGAUGACCUUCACGGCCAAUCACAGUCAUUUCUGUUGAGCAUGUGAACACAAAUCAGCGCCGUUUAAGAACACUCUCCACAGUGCUCCAAUCUUUGCGGGAGAUGGAUGUUUUUUAAAUUACAGUACCGAUUGGUAUCAAAUUCCAGUAUCGUGACCACACUCUUUCAGUGUCUUUCAGAAAUCAUCCUAAUAGGAUGAUUUGGUGCUUGUGAAACAUUUAUUUUAUCUGCUUAACAUCUUUUUUUCAACAAUGAUCAAUUCUUUCAGGAUUUUUUGUUGAAUACAUAGGAAGUGGAAAUCUUUUGUAAUAUUUAAUGUUUUAAUGUCACUUUUGUUCAAUUAAGGCAUCCCUGCUGACUACAAGUAUUAAUUUCUUUUAUUGAAAGUCCAACUUUUGAACAACAGUGUGCAUUUAUAUACUGCUUGGAUGAUCUGCAGGAAGAUCUAUUAAGCACAAAGCCUUAGAGACUUCUCCUUUUUUAUUUUCUAUAGCUGUUCUUAUGACACAAAUGUGCUUCCCUUUAUCUCUCUGAGCAAAAACGUGCAUUUUUUUUAACCAGACUUUUUCCAAGAUUAGAUAACUUUUCUAGAAACGUAGCAUUACAGAGGCUUUCACCUCUUCAGUUCAUGUAGACUCCUCUCUCCAUCUCAAUAGCUCCACAUAGAUUGUAAUGAUGUUUAAUCCAGUAACACAAGGAUUCAAGACGCGCUGUAGAAAACACACAUUGAAAUAUCAAGUAUUAAUCAUAUUCCAAUUCUUUCAUCCAUGGUACUUGUUUUUGGUCCAUAUUGAUUUGCUGAGAAGACAAAAGCAAGAGUAUUGUGACUAAUGUCCGUGGUUGCCAUUGGUAUUGCUCCACAAGUGACACUACAGGACUAUUGCCAGCAAGGAAAAAUAAACCUGACCGAGGGGCAUUUGAACAGCACAACAGGAUAAUUUGCCAAGACAAUCUGUUUAUUUUCAAAGUGUUGUCAUUAAUCUGCCCUCAGACACUCGACUGGAAAUACCUUACAGUGAAGCCAUGAGACCAGAACAUGCAAAAUAAAGCCAUUUACAAAAAAGAUAGCUUUU